GACGCGCCGUGGCUCCUGAUAAGCCCGCUCUCCGAAAACAUGUCCGAGUUUUUCCUCCUCACCUUCUUAGCCCUUUUCUCGGGAUUAUUUCCAUGCAUCGAGCCGUCGCCAGGGACGGAUGAGCGCAAAGAGGCCAUCUUGUGUGACGUUGGCGAGUUUCACUGUCACGAUCAAGAGCGCUGCGUCCCCGAGGCCUGGCUGUGCGACGGCGAGCCCGACUGUCCCGAUGACUCCGACGAAUCUGACGUGACUUGCGCACGAGAGGUCGUGAUCAGAUGUCCGCUCAAUCACAUACAGUGCAUCGGGACGAAAAAAUGUAUUCAUUUCAACAAACUCUGCAACGGGGCGAGAGACUGCCAGGACGGCUACGAUGAGGGAGUCCACUGUCGAGAGCUGCUGUCAGCCUGCCACGAGCUGCGGUGUCGCUACGGCUGCGUCAUGACAAGGAACGGCACCUUCUGUUUCUGCGCUGACGGUUUCGAGGUCGGCGAGGACGGCACGAGCUGCCGAGACCAUGAUGAAUGCGCCCAAUACGGCUCGUGCAGCCAAACCUGCAGCAACACGUACGGCUCAUACAAUUGCGGCUGCGUGGAAGGCUACGUCCUGCAACCCGACAAGACCUCCUGCAAAACCAAACAAGAUCCCGGCGACAAGCCUCCCGUGCUUCUCAUGGGCGGAUCGGAUCGGAUUGUCAUCGGCCAUCUAAACGGAACGGGCUUCCUGCCCCUGAGGUCUCUGAGUGUCAAUGGCAGUCUGGCCAUGGAUUUCCAGCACAAGCAGGACAAGCUGUGCUGGCUUCUGGCCAAAGAAUCCUCGGGGCAACUUCGCUGUGCUGAAAUGAAGAAUCUACGCAGACUCACGCGGGAAAAGGAAAUAAUCACACAAAAACACUUGCACAAUGCCGAGCACAUGGCUAUCGAUUGGCUGACGGGCAACUUCUAUUUUGUCGACCGGGUCAGCGACAAGAUUUUCGUGUGCGACCAGACCGGCGCCACUUGCGUGACUCUCCUCCAGUUCGACCUGCCGAAUCCCAAAGGAAUCGCUCUGGAUCCUCUCACGGGAAUGAUGUUCUUCACCGACUACGGGAACGUGGCCAAGGUGGAGCGCUGCAACAUGGAUGGCACCAACAGGACCCGGCUGGUGGAUUAUAACAUUGAGCAGCCCACAGCUGUGGCAUUGGACGUGGUCAAAAGGCUGGUGUAUUGGGCAGAUGCCUACCUGGAUUACAUCGACGUUGUGGAUUACCAAGGCAAAAACCGACACAACGUCAUCCAGGGAAACCGAGUGUCACAUAUUUAUGCAUUAGCCGUGUUUGAGAAUUUCCUCUAUGCUAUCGAGCGUACCCACUCCGAUCCUUCCAAAGAGACUUUGGGUGUGGCGCUACUGCAAAUCCACAGAUUCAACAUCACAGCAGAGGUGCAGACACUUGCAAGUCUCGGGAAUACGCAAGUACUACGUGUUUACCACAAAGUCGCUCAACCCCAAGUCAAGUCUCAUGCCUGUGAAAUGAAUUCCUUUGGGAAAUUGGGCGGAUGCUCCCACAUUUGCCUUCUGAGCGGCAGCUACAAGUCCAGAACGUGUCAUUGCCGUGUCGGGUACACCCUCGGUUCCGAUGGACAGUCCUGUAAAAAGCCCCCGAACAAUCUCUUCCUGUUCUACGGGAAGGGGCGUCCCGGUGUCAUCCAAGGUUUGGAUAUGAACGUCAAGUCUAGCGACGAGCACAUGGUGCCCAUCGAGGACCUGGUCAACCCUCGAGCUAUCGACUACCACGCCGCAUCGGGACACAUUUACUUUGCCGAUACCACCAGUUUCCUCAUCGGGAGGCAAAACAUCGACGGAAGCGGCAGGGAAACGAUACUUAACGAGGAACUGGACAACGUUGAAGGCCUCUCAGUGGACUGGAUUGGUAAUAACUUGUACUGGACCAACGAUGGCUACAGGAAAACAAUCAGUGUUGCCAGGUUGAUGAGUGCCUCUGAGACCAGGAAAACUCUCUUGGAAGGGAACAUGUCGCACCCCCGGGCCAUCGUGGUGGACCCUCUGAACAGCUGGAUGUACUGGACCGACUGGGAAGAAGAUGAGGUCAACGACAGCAUUGGGAGGAUCGAAAAAGCCUGGAUGGACGGCUCAAACCGCCGCAUUUUUGUCACCACAAACAUGCUGUGGCCCAACGGCUUGACCUUGGACCACAGUUCCAGCAGCAUGUAUUGGUGCGACGCCUACUACGAUCACAUUGAAAAGAUUUUCCUCAACGGCACGGGGCGAAUGGUGGUCUACAAUGGAAAAGAGCUCAACCAUCCAUUUGGAAUAUCCCAUUAUCGCAAUUUUAUCUUUUGGACGGAGUACAUGAAUGCGUCAGUCUUCCAGCUGGACUUGUCCACGGGGGAUGUCAAUGUGCUGCGAAGUGAGAGACCGCCAUUAUUUGGCCUGCGAGUUUAUGACGCACAAAGUCAGCAAGGUGACAACGCCUGCAGUUUGAAUUAUGGCGGCUGUAGUACCCUCUGCCUUGCCAUCCCAGGAGGCAGAGUGUGUGCCUGUGCUGACAACCAGCUUCUGGAGAAGAACAAUGUCACCUGUGCAGGUUCCGGCAGCGCUCCAGAACCGCAGCGGUGUAAAAAGGAAGAAUUCCAGUGCCGUAACGGGCGCUGCAUCCAGGCGCUGUGGAAAUGCGACGGAGACGACGACUGUCUGGACGCCAGCGACGAAGAAAGCCACACUUGCUACAAUCACUCGUGUCCGAUCGAUCACUUCAAAUGCAAAAACAAACGCUGCAUUCCCAAGAAAUGGCUUUGCGACGGGACAAACGACUGCGGUAGCGACGAGGACGAGGCCAACGUCACGUGUUCAGCCCGGUCAUGUCAGGCUGACCAGUACGCGUGUCAGAACGGGCGGUGCAUACCUCAAGCGUGGCUCUGUGAUCGCGAGGACGACUGCGGCGACGCGACUGAUGAAGUAUCGUGCACGUUUCCCACUUGUGAGAUCCUCACGGCGUUCACCUGUUCCAACGGACGCUGCAUCAGUGAAAAGUGGCGCUGCGAUUCAGACGACGACUGCGGCGAUGGUAGCGAUGAAGCGGGCUGCGCCCGGCCUUGCGCCAACAACCAGUUCCAGUGCGCUAGCGGCCGCUGCAUCCCGGGUCACUGGGCCUGCGAUGGCGAUAACGACUGCGGAGACUUCAGCGAUGAGAACGCCACCUGCCGGGGUGGAUCGGCAGCCCUGCCAUCUGUGAUUGAGUGCAGCGGGGAGGAAUUCCACUGCGUCACAGAUGGGACCUGCAUCCCCGAGCGCUGGAGAUGCGACGGAGACAAGGAUUGCGAAGACGCCAGCGACGAGAAAGACUGCCGAGGCACCAAAAGGAUGUGCGACCCCAAGGCCAAGUUUACCUGCAAAGAUACGGGUAAGUGCAUCACAAAGAGCUGGGUAUGCGACGGCGACAUCGACUGCGAGGACCGCUCGGACGAGGAGUCCUGCGAGUCGUCCGUCUGUAAGCCGCCCAAGUACCACUGCGCCAACGACACCUCCGUCUGCCUGACGCCGGACAAGAUCUGCAACAGUAAAGUGGACUGUGCCGACCGCUCGGACGAAGGACCCGUUUGCGACUUGUGUCUGGUGGCCCGAGGCGGCUGCAGCCACAUGUGCACGGUGGCGCCGGGGAAAGGGGUCGUGUGUUCCUGUCCCCCGGGACUUCACCUGGACUCCAGCAACAAGACAUGCGAGGUGGUGGACUACUGCAGUCGCCACCUGAAGUGCAGCCAAGUGUGUGAGCAGUACAAGACCACAGUCAAGUGCUCGUGUUAUCCCGGAUGGAGGCUGGACCCCGACGGAGACAGCUGCCACAGCACAGAUCCCUUUGAGGCUUUCAUCAUUUUCUCCAUUCGCCACGAGAUAAGACGGAUAGACCUUCACAAGAGGGACUACAGCCUGCUUGUACCGGGGCUGAGGAAUACCAUCGCCUUGGAUUUCCACUUUAAUCGCAGCCUCCUUUACUGGACAGAUGUGGUGGAGGAUAAGAUCUACCGGGGAAGGCUCUCCGAGACUGGAGGGGUGACUGGGAUUGAGGUGGUCAUACAACACGGCCUGGCCACCCCGGAAGGCCUGGCUGUGGACUGGGUUACGGGAAAACUGUACUGGAUCGACAGUAAUCUGGACCAGAUCGAGGUAGCCCAACUGGAUGGACAAAUGCGGGCAACGCUGAUAGCGGGCGGGAUGGAACAUCCCCGAGCCAUCGCUUUGGACCCGCGGCAAGGCAUUCUCUUCUGGACCGACUGGGACGCCACGUUCCCCCGAAUCGAAGCGGCGUCGAUGAGCGGACAAGGUCGUCACAUUGUGUUUAAAGAUAUGGAGAUUGGAGCCUGGCCCAAUGGACUGACACUGGAUCAUCUGGAAAAGAGGAUUAUUUGGACCGAUGCACGCUCGGACGCCAUUUUCUCGGCGCUCUACGACGGCAGCGGCGUCAUCGAGAUCCUCAAGGGCCACGAAUACCUGUCGCACCCUUUUGCCGUCUCGCUCUUCGGAGGAAGCGUCUACUGGACGGAUUGGAGGACCAACACUCUGGCAAGGGCCAACAAGUGGACGGGUCGAAACGUCACCGUCAUCCAGAAGACCAGCGCUCAACCUUUUGACCUGCAGAUCUUCCAUUCCAGUCGACAGCCGCAAGCCUCCAACCCUUGCGAGGGAAAUGAUGGACGCGGUCCCUGCUCGCAUCUGUGUCUCAUCAAUUACAACUCCACCGCAUCUUGCACCUGUCCGCACCUUAUGAAGCUCUCGCCCGACCAACAAUCCUGCUUUGCCUUGAAAAGAUUUCUCCUCUAUGUGCGGCGCUCGGAAAUCCGAGGCGUGGACAUCGACAACCCGUACAUGAACGUCAUGACGGCCUUAACGGUGCCGGACAUUGACGAUGUCACCGUGGUGGAUUACGACGCAGAGGAAGAGAGGAUUUAUUGGGCUGACGUUAAAACCCAAACUAUCAAACGGGCUUUCAUCAACGGCACCCAACUGGAGACCAUCAUUUCUUCAGACAUAGUCAACUGCCGCGGUCUGGCUUUGGACUGGCUUUCCAGGAACUUAUAUUGGCUUAGCUCGGAGAAUGACGAGUCACAAAUCAAUGUUGCUCGCUUUGAUGGCUCCCUGAAGACUUCAGUCAUCCACGGCAUUGAUAAACCCAGAUGCCUUGUAGUGCACCCCGUCAAGGGGAAAAUCUAUUGGACAGAUGGCAACACCAUUAACAUGGCCAACAUGGACGGAAGUAACAGCAAGGUCCUCCACCAGAACCAGAGGGAACCUGUCGGUCUCUCGGUGGACUACGCCGCUAACAAGCUAUACUGGAUUAGUUCGGCCAAUAACACCAUCAACAGGUGCAAUUUAGACGGAACUGGGCUUGAGGUGCUGGAAACUCGAAAGAAAGAUCUCAACAAAGGCACCGCCCUGGCCGUAAUGGGCAAUAAACUAUGGUGGGCAGAUGAUGAAUCUGCACAACUCGGAACUGUCAACAAGAGAGAUGGGCGGAACUUUGUCAAUCUGAGAAACAAGACUGGCGGGGUCCUUCACAUGAAAGUGUAUGACCGGGAAGGUCAGAAAGGAAGGAACCUUUGCCAAAUCAACAACGGCGGAUGUUCGCAGCUCUGUUUUCCGACGUCUGAAAGCAGCCGAAGCUGCUCUUGCACUGUUGGAUACAACCUCAGAAGCGAUCGCAUGUCCUGUGAGGGUAUGGAUUCAUUUGUGAUGUAUUCCAUCCAUGAGGGUAUAAGAGGGAUCUCUCUGGACCCAAAGGACAAUGCUGAAGCCCUCAUGCCAAUCACGGGAACGCUUUUUGCUGUGGGGCUGGACUUUCAUGCAGGGAACGACACCGUGUACUGGACGGACAUGGGCCUUAACAGAAUAUCCAGAGCGAAACGAGAUCAGACCUGGAGGGAGGACAUUGUAACUUCUGGCAUUAGCAGGGUGGAAGGCAUCGCUGUUGACUGGAUGGCCGGGAAUCUUUACUGGACGGACCACGGCUUCAAUCUCAUCGAAAUAUCUCGUUUGAACGGCGCGUACCGCUCGGUGGUCAUAUCUGAAGGUCUGGAUCAGCCCCGAGGCAUCGCUGUCCACCCUCAGAAGGGGUAUCUCUUCUGGACCGAGUGGGGCCAGAAUCCGUGUAUUGGCCGCUCCCGCUUGGAUGGUUCGGACCAAGUCACCUUGGUCAACUCGGGUAUUAUGUGGCCCAACGGCAUUUCUAUCGACUACGAGGAAAAUACAUUAUACUGGUGUGACGCCCGGACCGAUAAGAUCGAGAGGAUCAACCUUGAGACAGGCGAGAGCCGGGAGAUAGUACUGUCUUCGGCCAACGUGGACCUCUUCUCGGUGGCUGUCUUUGGGCCUUACAUCUACUGGGCUGACAGGGCCUUCUCCAACGGUUCAAUCCGACGAGGCUUGAAGACUGACAGCAGCGAGGCCGUGACGAUGAGGAGUGGCCUCGGGGUCAAUUUGAAGAGUGUGACGGUCUUCACUAGAGGCAGAGAGAAAGGUUCCAACCCAUGCGCCAGGAACAACGGCGGUUGUCGACAGCUUUGCUUUCACGUGGGCGGCGGGCGUCGAACCUGCUCCUGCGCCCACGGCCGCUUAUCGGAGAACGGCUUUUCCUGCGAGCGCUACGAAGGUUAUCUUCUCUACUCGGAGAGGACGACUCUGAAAAGCAUCCACCUCGCCGACGAGAAUGACCUCAACUCGCCGGUGCAGCCUUUGGAAAACCUGGCUCUUUUCAAGAAUGUCAUCGCCUUGGCAUUUGACUACGGUCAGCAUACGCUUGGCACCAAUCGCAUCUUUUUCAGUGACGUGCACUUUGGAAACAUCCAGAUGAUCAACGACGACUGGACCGGACACUCAGUCAUUGCAGAAAGCGUGGGUUCGGUCGAGGGGUUGGCCUACCACCGAGCCUGGGAUAUGCUUUAUUGGAGCAGCUCCACGACCUCCACCAUCACCAGGCAAACCAUCGAGCAGAGAGGAACUGGCGUUCUUGGCCGGGAGGCUGUGGUUACGCUUUCUGAGGAAGACCACCCACACGCCUUGGCCCUGGAUGAGUGUCAAAACCUGAUGUUUUGGAGCAACUGGAACGAGCAGAGAGCCAGCAUCAUGAGGGCAACUUUAUCAGGCAAGAACAUGAGGAUUAUCGUCAGCACGGAUAUCCUGACACCCAACGGACUGACCAUUGAUCACAAAGCAGAGAAGCUCUACUUUUCCGACAGAAGCCUCGGCAAGAUCGAGAGAUGCGAUUUCGACGGAUCCGCCCGAUAUGUCAUUGUCAAGUCAGAUCAAGGAAACUUCUACGGACUUGCCAUCCAUGCCGAUUUCAUUUACUGGUCAGACUGGGCUCGAAGGUCGGUGCUGCGCGCCGACAAAUUCACGGGCGGAGACGUCAAGGUGCUGCGAGCGGACGUCCCUCAUCAGCCCAUGGGAAUUAUCGCCGUUGCUAAGGAUACAAACAACUGUGAGCUCUCGCCGUGUCAACAUAUGAACGGAGGCUGCGGCGACCUCUGCCUCCUGACCGCCCAAGGGAGGGUCAACUGCACUUGCCGCGGAGAACGCGUCCUCCUCGAUGACAACAGAUGCAUUUCAAAAAAGUCAUCUUGCAACAUCCACAGCGAGUUUGAGUGUGGGAACGGAGAGUGCAUUAGCUACGAGCUCACCUGCGACGGAAUCGCGCACUGCAAAGAUAAAUCCGAUGAAAAGAUGCAGUACUGCGAUAACAGGAACUGCCGAAAGGGUUUCAAGCCGUGCUACAACCAACGCUGCGUGGACAACGGUCACUUCUGCGACGGGAUCGACGACUGCGGGGAUAACUCCGAUGAAGCUUUCUGCGCCAAUGUCACAUGUGGCCCAUCAGAAUUAGCCUGCAAGGAUGGGAGCUGCGUUCCCGUCCCCGCCUGGUGCAACCAGGUCAUCGACUGCGCCGAUGCCUCGGAUGAAAAAAAUUGCAACCACAGCGACUGCUCUCACUAUUACAAGUUGGGGGUGAAAGAAAAAGAUUUCAUCAGAUGCAACUCAACUUCUCUCUGCAUCCACCCUUCGUGGAUCUGCGACGGCGCCAACGAUUGCGGAGAUUAUGCCGAUGAGGCCGACUGCCAGGUUUCCCAUGAGCAGAAAUGUGAGGAAGGCCACUUUUCAUGUCCCGGUGGGAAUUGCAUCUCCAGUGUUUGGCUUUGCGAUGGCCAGAAAGACUGCGAGGAUGGCGCGGACGAAUUCCAGUGCGACUCGUCAUGCUUGUGGAACCAGUUUGCCUGCUCCAAGAAUAAAUGCAUCGCCAAACAAUGGCUGUGCGACGGCGAGAACGACUGCGACGACGGCCUCGAUGAGAGCGUGCAAAUAUGCGGCUCAGUGACAUGCGCUCCAGGGCUGUUCAGCUGCCCGGGAUCAUAUGCUUGUGUUCCGAAACGCUGGCUCUGUGAUGGCGAGAGAGACUGCCCUGAUGGGAGCGAUGAACUUUCUGCAGCUGGCUGUGCACCCAACAACUCGUGCGACGACAGCUCCUUUCACUGCCACAACAAAGCUUGCAUCCCCCAGCGAUUUGUCUGCGACCACGACGACGACUGCGGAGACGGAUCCGACGAGUCUGCGGAAUGCGUGUACCGCUCGUGCGGAUCGGGAGAAUUUCGCUGCGGGGACGGCCGCUGUCUUCUCAGCGCGCAGUGGGAGUGCGACGGCUACGCCGACUGCCCCGACCGCUCGGACGAACUGCCUCUCAACCUCAAAUGUCUGGCCGCAGGAAGUUUGUGCAACGGCUCCUUUUUCAUGUGCUCCAACGGACGCUGUAUUUCCGAGGGCAAUCUCUGCGACGGGAGAGACGACUGCGGCGACCAGUCGGAUGAGAGAAACUGCAACGUCAACGAGUGCUUGAAUCGACGAGUGAGCCGCUGCACGCAGGACUGCCAGGAUCUCGCUGUUGGCUACAAGUGCAAAUGCUGGCCCGGCUUCCGCUUGAAGGACGACGGCAGGACUUGCGUGGAUGUGGACGAAUGCUCCAGCAGCCUCCCCUGCAGCCAGCGUUGCAUCAACACCUACGGCUCCUACAAAUGCUUGUGCGUGGACGGCUACGAAGCCCUCCAGCGCAACCCGGACCUUUGCAAAGCUGCAUCAGCCGAAGAGCCUUUUCUCAUCAUGGCCGACCACCACGAGAUUCGGAAGCUGAGUGUGGAUGGCUCCAAUUACACCAUCUUGAAACAGGGCCUUAACAACAUCAUACAUAUCGACUUUGACUACAAGAAGGAAUUCAUCUAUUGGGUGGACUCGACCCGGCCCAGUGGGAGGAAGAUCAACAGGAUGCGACUCAAUGGCAGCGACCUUAAGAUUGUCCACAAAACAGCAGUUCCCAGCGCCUUGGCGGUGGACUGGAUCGGAAAGAAUCUUUAUUGGUGUGAUGCUGAGAAGAAAACGCUGGAGGUGUCCAAAGCCAAUGGUCUCUAUCCAACUGUGCUGAUCAGCUCCGGCCUCAAGAACCCCACCGAUCUCGCGCUGGACCCGCAAACCGGGUAUGUGUUCUGGGUAGACUGUUGCGAACCGCCGCACAUCGGCCGCAUCGGUAUGGACGGCCGCGAGCAAAGGGUCAUCGUGGACAAGGAGAUCUAUAGCCCCACCGCUCUCGCUAUCGAUUAUACCACCAAGAGGCUCUACUGGGCGGACGACAACCAUAUCCUUUUUGCCAAUAUGGAAGGCUUGCAGAGACACAAAGUGUCCUACGAUCACAUCCAAGGCGUAAUGGCGCUGACCUUGUUCGAGGACUUCAUCUACUGGACGGACGGCAAAUCCAAAUCGCUCCGGCGAGUUCACAAGACGAGCGGCGCUCAAGGGCUGGAGCUCCUCAACUCUUGGCAAGCCAUCAAAUCCAUCAAGGUCUACCACUCUCUGCGCCAGCCUGAAGUGGCCAAGCACCAGUGUCAGAUUGCAAACGGAGGUUGCAGCCACUUGUGUCUGCUCUCCCCCGGCGGGGGACACCAAUGCGCCUGCCCCAGUAAUUUCUACCUCGCUGCUGACAACAAGAGCUGCCUCUCCAACUGCACGUCCAGUCAGUUUCGCUGCGGGACGGAUGAGUGCAUCCCGUUCUGGUGGAAAUGCGACACGGUGGAUGAUUGCGGGGAUGGCUCGGAUGAACCUGCAGAUUGCCCGGAAUUCAAAUGCCAGCCGGGACGUUUUCAAUGCGGCACCGGUCUCUGCGCCCUUCCUCCUUUCAUCUGCGAUGGAGAGAAUGACUGCGGCGACAACUCGGAUGAAGCCAAUUGCGAGACAUACAUUUGCCUCUCAGGCCAGUUCAAGUGCAACAAGAAACAGAAAUGCAUUCCUCUCAAUCUGCGCUGCAACGGUCAAGACGACUGCGGCGACGGAGAAGACGAAACGGACUGCCCCGAGAGUACGUGCUCCUCGGAGCAGUUCCAGUGCAAGGCCUCCAUGCACUGCAUCUCCAAGCUGUGGGUCUGCGAUGAGGACCCCGACUGCGCCGACGGGUCAGACGAGGCUAAUUGCGAUGAAAAGACCUGCGGACCUCAUGAAUUCCGCUGCGAAAAUAACAACUGCAUCCCGGACCACUGGAGGUGUGACAGCCAGAACGACUGCGGAGACAACUCAGACGAGCAGAACUGCACACCCGUCACCUGUAACCAUAAAGACUUUGCCUGCGCAAACGGAGACUGCAUAUCCUCCCGAUUCCGCUGCGACGGGGAUUACGACUGUUUGGAUAAUUCGGAUGAGAAAGGCUGCGAGGCACACUGCGCCGAUGACCAAUUUCGCUGUCAUAACAACCUCUGCAUCUCCAAAAAGUGGCUGUGUGAUGGCCAGGAAGACUGCAAGAUGGGAGAGGAUGAGAGAAGCUGCCAUGGAACAGUGGCCCCUUCGUGUUCAGUGAACGAGUACGUGUGCGACAGCGGCGGCUGCGUGUCAGCCAGUCUGCGUUGCGACGGCCACGACAACUGCCUGGAUGGCUCAGAUGAGACCGGCUGCGUCAAAGAGUGCCGAGAAGAUGAGUUUCUGUGCCUGAACCGAGCGCACUGUAUCCCUCGACGCUGGCGUUGCGAUGGCGUUAUGGACUGCAUGGAUCACAGUGAUGAGGAAAACUGCAGCCCGGGUGCUUUCUUUUGCCGGGCUGAUGAAUUCAUUUGCAAUAACACCUUGUGCAAACUUCACACAUGGGUGUGCGACGGCAAGGACGACUGCGGCGACAACUCUGACGAAGACGCAGACAUGUGCGAAAAACUGGCCUGCCCUCCUACGAGGCCAUUCCGCUGCAGAAAUAAUCAUGUUUGCCUGCGUGCUGACCAAGUCUGUAAUAAAGUGGACGACUGCGGUGACAGUUCGGACGAAGAGGAGUGCGAAGUGGCGGCCGGAAGACCUCGACCUUGCGGGAAGACCGAGUUCACCUGCAGCAACCGUCGCUGCGUCUCCAUCCAGCUGCAGUGCGACCUCUUCAACGACUGCGGCGACGGCGGUUCCGAUGAGCAGGACUGCAAAGCCCUCUCCAGCGGCGAUGUCUGCGACAAGAAAACAAAUCCGUGCGGGGAGGACGCCAUCUGCAACCAGACCAACGCGAACGCCGUAUGCCGAUGCAAAGCGGGCUUCAAGAGGAACCAGAAGUCAGGACAGUGUGACGAGACAAACGAGUGUCUGCAGUUUGAUACGUGUCCACACUACUGCACAAACACCAAAGGAUCAUUCAAGUGCACGUGUGACCGAAAUUAUAAGGAGAUGGAAGGAAAUUGCAUUGCAAAAGGGCCAGAUGAUCGAGUGCUCUACAUAGCGAACGACACUGAAAUCCGAAGUUUCGCGUAUCCAUUUAACCAGAGCCACGGACACAAAGUGCUGGCACAAAUCGAGGACAAUGCUCGCAUUAUUGGGAUGGAUGCUUUGUCUCACCACCAUAAAUUCAUCUGGGCUACCCAAUUCAACCCCGGCGGAAUAUUUUACAAAGAAAGUACGGAAAGAAGUCAAACGAAGACAAACAUCCGAAACAUCUGUCCCGACUUUCGACGACCCCGAGACAUUUCCGCCGACUGGAUCACCGGGAAUAUCUACUGGACCGAUCACUCACGGAUGCACUGGUUCAGCUAUUACACGGCGCACUGGACCAAAUUACGCUAUUCCAUAAAUGUCGGACAACUCAAGGGACCAAAUUGCACACGCUUAAUUACCGACAUCGCCGGAGAGCCGUACGCCAUCGCUGUCAACCCCGUUCGAGGGAUGAUGUACUGGACCGUAGUGGGCGACCACUCUCAUAUCGAAGAAUCCGCCAUGGACGGUUCCUUACGCAGAGUGCUUUUGGAGAAGAACCUCAGGAGACCAACCGGGUUAGCCAUCGAUUAUUUCAAUCAACGUUUGUACUGGGCUGAUCCGGAGCUUUCGCAGAUUGGCAGCGUGAGAUUGGAUGGUUCCGACCCGCUGAUGACGAUCAAUGAGAGACAUGGCAUCUCCCAACCUUAUAGAAUCGAUUUAUUUGAAGAUUACAUCUACGGAACUGGCCUCAAGCAUCAAAUCUUCAGGAUUCACAAAUUUGCCAAACAGCCUGUGGAGUUUUUUAACUUGGGGGUGGAGAAGCCAACCAAUGUUUUGAUCUCCCACCGAUUCAAACACCAAGAUGCGUCAAAUCCGUGCCUGAGGAUGUCUUGUGAUUUCAUGUGUUUGCUCAACCCCACGGGUGCCCGAUGUACUUGUCCGGAGGGCAAAAUGCUGAUCAACGGCAGCUGUAGUGACGUCAACACCUCAGGUGAAUUAUGUCGUCCCCCCUGUGAGAACGGAGGCCGUUGCUUAGCCAAUGAGAAAGGAGACUGGAGGUGCUACUGCUGGCCCGAUUUCUCGGGCCAACGCUGCGAGGUCAACCACUGCACGGACUACUGCUUAAAUGGAGGAACCUGCACGGGCUCGCCGCUGGGUAAGCCUACUUGCCAGUGUCCUCUGGGCUUCUCGGGGCCGUUCUGCGAGAGGAGGAUAUGCGACAACUACUGUUUGAACGGCGGCACGUGUGACGUCACUGAGGGGAACCAGCCCGUGUGCCGCUGUUUGUCAGAAUACACCGGAGAGCGCUGCCUGUACCAUAUUUGUCACCACUACUGCGUCAACUCCAAGGCGUGCACGCUGUCCAGUAGCGGCUACGUGGAGUGCGUGUGUCCCGCCAGGUUUGAGGGAAACAAAUGCGAGGUGGACAAGUGUCUGCGGUGCCACGGCGCUCCGUGCCUCAUUAACGACGAGACGACAGAUGUGGUUUGCAAUUGCACCAACGGGCGAAUCGCGCCGAGCUGUCAACUGUGUGACGGAUAUUGCUACAAUGGAGGCACCUGUCACCUGGACCCCGACACCAACCUGCCUUUCUGUCACUGCACAUCAGGGUUCAAGAACCAACGUUGCGAUGAGCUGGCCAACCCCUGCGAUUACUUCUGUCAGAAUGAGGGGAUGUGCACAUUAACCGCUCUUAACAAACCCCGUUGCAAGUGUUCGACAAACUGGGCUGGAACGCAGUGUGAGAGACCUGCACCCAAAAGCAGCAGAUCAGACAAUACCACUGGAGGAAGCAUAGCCAUCAUUGUGCCUCUGGUCCUGCUGGUCAUCUUAAUCGUGAUGGUGGUGGCGGGUAUUUACAUCUGCAGACGAAAACAAAGGGGGAAACGUGUCCAAAGGCAGCCCAUGACCAACGGCGGAAUCAACGUGGAGAUCGGCAACCCGUCUUACAACAUGUACGAAGUGGACCACGACAACCACGCCGAUGCGGGCAGCCUGCUGCGACCCAGCUUCACGCUUGACCCUCAUAAGGGCUGGUGUGUCAAAUCCAGUGACGCUCGCACCUUGGGUAUCAAUUCGGUGCCCAAGGAGGUAAUCCCUGGACAGCCCAUGAAUUACAGCAACCCGGUGUAUGCCAAGAUGUAUAUGGACGGCCAAAACGGUCAGAAGCCGCUCAUCAAUAUCGACGAGAGAAGAGAGCUACUCCCAAAGAAAUUCGAGGGGAUUAUUCAUGAAACUGCUGCAUAGCCUACUUGACGCUUUCUACUUUUUUUUUUUUUAAGCCACGGUAUACAAUGUAGAACACAAAACACACAUUUUCUACAAAGCUUAUUUUGUUGUGUUUCCUCACGUCGCAUCACGUUGCUUUUUAACCUCCGUUCAACGGAAUGACACUUUAGGUGCAAAAAAAAAAAAUGUAUUCACCUUGCACAUUUUAAACGCUUUGAAUAUCUAUUUAGUGGGAAACGGAAGCUAUUUGAUCAAGUCAUUACGAAACGGUUUGGGGGAUUUUUUAUUUUUUUUAUUUUGGUUCAACCUCAAAACGUUCCACGACCCUCUGCUCGGAUUCAAGUGUUUUGAAUUGCCAUGAACUUAAUGCGUGGUUGUCACCACACCAAUAUGCUGUACAAAAACAAUGUUUCUUUUUGCUGAAAGAGACGGAAGCCCACCUUGAAUGUUCUCCGAUCAGAUCCCGUACUGUACGCUGAGAGGACGAAAUAGUGAAUAUCCUAUUUUUCUAAAGCUGGUGUCUUACAGUUUGUAUGUACGCAGCAGUUGUACCACAAAAGCUAGUCCACGCAAGAUUUAUCAUAGAUGAUAUCUGUUACUUUCCAAAAGGAGGAGGAUAAAUAUCAAGACUUUUUAUAAUUUUAUAUUUGAUUUGUAUGUGGUUUGACUGCUAUGUAUUUUGACAAAAUGUAUUAAAUGUAAGUAAUUUUUUAUAUAUAAAAUGUAAAUCAAUAUUGAAUAAAGGGGCUUUAUUUCCA